AGCCGGAUUAUCGAGCAAACUAGCCUCCUAUCUUUUAUAGCAAAGGGACACACGGUACCAGCUCUCCCUGGAUGCUCCAUUUGCGCUGUGGCGCAUAAGGCUCACUCGUGGUUUUUCCUCCAAUCCACAGCCCAAGCGCGGUAUCUGACCAGCACCUAUUGUCACAAUGAUGCGCAUGCUCGCUGUUGUUGCUGCCACAAUCGCUGUGUUUGUCGGACACUCUGACGCCGCAUGCCCCAACACAAAUCUCGGCAAAUGUGGCGACGCCUCCAACCCUGAAUGUUGCCCGGACGGGAGCUACUGUAUGCCGUGGGCGCCCAACUAUUACCAAUGCCUAUCUCUUCCUUCGCAAUGUUCUCGCCAAUUCACGGGCUACGAUUUUUACGGAGGUGACAUCAAGACGGUGUACGGCCUGCAGCCGGGUGACUGUUGCGCCACGUGCUUGUCAACUAGCGGAUGUUUGGCGUACACUUUCAUCAACGAGUAUCAGGGCACGACUGCUUGCUUCCUCAAGGCGGGAAUGGGGCAGCCGAGGAAAGUUGUUGGCGCCAUGUCUGCUGUGCUCGACAGCUACACAAGUGACCAAGACCACACUCCGAAGCGCCGCCUGCAAGGUGACAGCCCUCGCGUCUAGGUACUCUCGGCAAUCUAAAGCUGAAGUAAGACCGGACUCCAACACUGAUCGACAUUUGAAGUGUACAACACAGUCAUGCAUAAUCCUGGUAGCCUGGAUGGAAUUUACAAUACAAUCCAAUAACCCAUUUUUUUUCUUGCAAAUGCGAAAAAAAACUAUCAUGAUAUGAUCGCUGUGGAUGUCAACGUCGUGUUGAUACUUUCAAAGAGAGCUCACCUACCAGCAAAGAUAUUAACGCAAAUGAGACCAUAUCAGGAGCGCGGACUGCUAUCAGUGCAUCACGCCGCCAUCCCAGUGCUCACACCACGAGACCAACGUCGACUACUACGGCAACGACAUCACAACAGUGUGCGUGACUCAACCCUCGCUAUGCUGUGACGAGUGUGCUGACACCGAAGGAUGCACGGCAUACACGUAUAUCAACAACAACCCAGGUCAGCCGGUCUGCUACCUCAAGAGCAGCAGCAACGUCUUGCAGCCUCGGGUUGGUGCUGUCUCUGGUCGUCCCAACAAAACGUUACCACAAGGACAUGGUACUCUUGGACGUGCAUUCACAACUAGCAGCCAGUACUAAAUCGUAAAUGAAUCACUUGAAGCGAGAGACCUUAGGCGAAAUAGCCGUCUGGCUGUGCGAUCUUCGUCACGACUCGAGUCUUGAUAGCUGUCACCAGGUUGGCUAGCACUAUCGCGAGUUGUCACUAUAGAACACAGAAUUUGAGCUUCAAACUUCUGGCUGGCAUCUUCCACGAGGGCAUUGAGUAGCGAAGCUACCGCAGACGCCGCGUCAAACUGACAACUCGCCGAAGCAUUUCCCUUGUCGUAGGACUCCAUUAAAACAUAAGCCUCAAUAUUUCCCACC